ACAGUACAUGUUAUAAUGAAUAGUUUAAAUUACAGUCGUCGGAGGGCGCUGUUUACUAGUUCCAAAGGGAGUUACAUUAGAAAUAGCCUUGGGUCUCGUGACAGCCUUGAAUCACCAGAUGAAGAUGGCGACACCUCUUCAAUAUCAGCAUUGAGUACGCAAAGUACCCGAAGUCUUAAGAGUUAUCGAAGUUGGAGGAAAUUACAGAAACAACGACGGCAGUUGAAAAGGGCGCAGACUAUUGGCGGGUUUGAAGCUAUGGAUAGUACAUUGGAUGCUCUGGAUUUGAGCGGAGAAUUCGGGAACGCGACUCCUUCGAAGAAAGAAAACGGCGUUUUUGAUGAAGUAACUCAAAGUGCGACUUCAUCAAUUAACAUAAAACUCAAGGAAACAAGUGUCGACGAUAAACCGCAUACUGUUAUCACCACCAUACCCCAGUCUCCGUUAGAACCGUUUUAUUCUUCAUCCUCUUCAUUGGCGAGUUCAACAAGCCGGUCAGAUGAAAUCAGCACACCACGAAGAACUCCUCGUUCAGAAUCGGACAUAGACGAAUUUGAAGACAGCGAAAUUCAGAAACAUUUUAAAGAAUCGUUUAAGAACAAUAAAACCCCUUUACAGCGAAGAUCUUGUCCGUAUAUAUUUCAGAGUGAUACAUUAUAUUCGACACCAAUUGGGGAACAGAUAGGCGCAAAUUAUCUGGUGACAAACCCGUUAGUAUUUCCCUCGCAAGAGAGAAGAUCAUCAGCAGGUGAAGUUCCAUCCUUGAAAAGUCCGCCUUUAUUGCUUGAACUUGCAAAGUUAAAGAAGGCGACGAGAAAAAUGAGCGAUACCGCAUAUGAACAGCAAGAAACAGAUGAACUUGAUGUUGUAUUUGCUGAAACUAACGGAUUCACGGUUUCUCUUCCAAUAAAUUCACCAACCGUACCGGCACACAUGUUAGGAGAUGAAGUUAUAGAAAAAGGAGAUAAAAAUGACGAAUAUUUUUUUGAUAAAGAUCCUAGAGAAAACGAGAGAAUACACUGGAAAAUGGAAGCAAGCAAAAGAAGGCAAAUUGAGAGCGAGAGAAAGCAGAAUAACUUGACGGAUUCCUUCGAUAAUCCAGACAGUGUUCCACAUCAAAUUGCUGUCGAAACAAAUUCCGGGAGCUACUUUCUUCCUCCGCUAAUAGCGAAGGCGAUAGAAAAGCAUAACGCAAGUGUUAGCGAGGAUACUUCGCGUUUAUUUGAGCGCGAUAAAAAUUCAAAUUUGAAAUUUUCGGAGAAAAACAAAGGAACACGUGCGGCGUCAUCAGCGUCAUCCACCCAAGAAGCAACCGAUGAUGAAAAUGUUUACAUGGAAAACGCUGACGACAUAUUUGAUGAUCUUCGGGAAAGGGACUACCUGAAUGUACCCGGACAACGAGCCCUACCAGAAACAGAUACAAGUAGCAUCACGACAUGGGACAGCAUUGAUCCCAUUGAAAAUAUAUUGGUUCGCGAGGAUCCUCUACCCGCUGAUGAUCGGACGUUUACUUUGAAUGGAAAAGCCAUAAUUACACCAAAGCCCGACAAACAAGUUGAAGAACAUGUUGAGGUAGUGGCUUUGGAAGCAGCCGAAGCUCCUGCUCCAGAAACUUACAAAGAUCUCCACGAUUUGGUUGCGACAAAGAAUGAUGAAACAUCAGAUACCGACACGAAGUCUAGCCAAAUUCAUUCGCACAAAGUUGGAGAAGAUUCAAAAUGUAAUAUUUGCAAUAACAUAAAUAAUACGAUGCCAACUGUCGUCGAAGAAACAGAGUUUGUGGCAAAGUCGGAGUCUCAAUUCGAAUCUGGAAAUCCGGAGCAAGUGAAUGAUGUGCAGAAAACAACAAAACCUAUUCAUUCUCAUAAGGUUGGAGACGAUGCUAAUUGCGAGCAUUGUUCUCCAAGGAAAGAAGGAGAGGCGAAUGUUUCGGACAUUGCUCCUGAUUUAUGUUGCUCUAUAUUAUAAACUGUUACUAUGAGGUUGUAAUAAACACCAAAUUCGAGUUCUUUUGUAUUAUGGUACACAGUAUACACAAUAAUUUUAAUAAUUGUCGUUCCAAAAACGUCAUAUGAUAUAAUUUAUCGAGUUCAAAUAGCAAUAAUCUUACGCACAAAGGGAGCACUGAUGCAUGCAUUAUACAUAUAUAUAUGACUGCAAAAUGUCAUUCAAGCUAGGUUACUUCGGUUAUUGUUCGGUACAGUUUUUGCAUUUCUUUUACUGUUUAAAAACAAAACCAGGUGUUAUGCCGUUUAUUUGUUCUGUCACAAUUAUUGGAUCGGCAGCCAUGGUCAAAUUACUGCAUCGUUACUUAGGCAAGUCGAAUUCGUUUUAUAUCUAAUUUUAGGAAGCAAAGAGGAUGUUUGUGAGUGAUUUGGUUUGAAUUUGCAGUGAUAAUGAAACACUUUUGGCACCAAGAACGAAGAAAACUUAUAAAACUUGA